CUGGUCGUCGGGCGUAAGACAACCUAUCAGCAGAAAAAAAAAAAAAAAAAUACACCAUGUGAACAAAGGGUAUAUAAGAAGGGACACGAAAGCGCAGAUUUGUCAGGGUGAGGACUUAUUCAAUUGUCUCACCAUCGCUGGGACGACGUUUUUACGGCUCGACAGAGAGCGAAUGGACAGAGCGGGGAGAGGAACAGGACAGUCCCUCCAACGGUAGCAGCCACGUAUACCAUGCCGACGAGUGAUGGCCCCAGCAGGUUCCCUGUUUUUGUGCCUCCGCCUCAGGGCACCCAUCAGAGGUGUCCUGGUUAUGUCCCCGGGCGAGUGGCUCCAGUCCGCUCCCUGCCACCUGCCAAAGCGCCUCCACCUCCACCGAUAAAACCUCACGGUGUGCCGCUUAGGCAACAAACCAGGGUCAGCUUGUCAGAAGAGAACCAGUGCAGGGAGGAUGCUCAGAGGCUCCAGCAAAAGCUGAGAAAGAAGACUCUGAUCUGCUGUGGAGUGUCGAUGGGGGCUUUCUUCCUCACGCUUAUCCUUGUUCUUAGUCUCAAAACUGGUCCUGAAUUAGAUGAGAAUUGUCCAGAUCACAACCCAUCUCUUAGUAGCUGGAAACCAGGUCACCAACCACAGCAGGCUGUUAUUGUCUGGAGAGGAGAUUUGUAUAGAUUGGAUGCCUCUGCUACCUUACAUUCACUUACCAUCCAGUCAGGAGGUCGGGUAGUUUUUGCAGACUCUCACGACGGCUCCAAAAACAUAACCUUGAGAACACAUCACAUCCUCAUAGAAGAAGGUGGAGCCCUUCAUAUCGGUUCACCCAAAUGUCGCUACCGUUCUCGUGCAACCAUUGUGCUCAUGGGUCGUUCUGACAGUGAGGCUGUCUCUGAGGUCCCAGCUUUUGGCCGCAAGUUCAUCGGCGUGAAGGCCGGUGGAACUCUGGAGCUCCACGGUACUGAGAGAGUUUCCUGGUCUCUGCUGACCCGAAGCAUCCCGGCCUCUGGGCUGGCUACAGGAGGUUAUGCCUUCCAGCGGAACUUCAGCCGAGGCAUCCACCUGCGCGUGGUGGAUCAGGACACGGGUGCUUUGCUGUUCUUUGAACGCUACGACACGCACGAGUCCCGCAAUGACAGCCUGCGGCUCGGCCAGCUGCUUCGUUCCCUGCCGGUGGGCCGAAUUGUCACACUAGCUGUGGGAGACUCUGCCGCCAAAAAUCUUCAACGUGAAACCAAGGAGGUCAUUGAAGAGAAACUCGGCAGCAAAUUUGUUUUUGAUCUCCAGUACAGGCAGGCGUGGGCUUUGGUUUCCGUGAUAGGUGGUGGAAAUGCAUCGUGUUCAGAGGAUGUUCGGGAACAUGAAAACCAUGACACAGGAGGAAGAGCUCUGGCGAGACGGAACUUCACCACCGUUAACGGAGUGGGUUUCUCGGUCAUUGCCUAUAGCGAGUGGAAGACCGGUGUCCCUAGCACGGGCUUCCAGGUGGAUGCUCUGGACCAGGUGGUGCUAAACCUGCAGGAUGAAGUGCAACAGACAUGGUUACCAGGAGACCGUGUUGUAGUUGCCAGCACGGACUACUCAAUGCACCAAGCUGAAGAGUUUACCCUGCUGCCCUGCCCUCACUGCACCAGCCGACAGGUCAGGAUACAAGGGAAGCCUCAGUAUAACCAUACUGGAGAGAUCAUAGAUGGCAUUGACAUGCGUGCUGAAGUGGCUCUCCUCUCCAGAAACAUUCUCAUCUAUGGAGAAAUGGAAAACUCCUGCUACGGAGACAAUAUGUGUCAGUUCUACAACCACGACACCUUUGGAGGCCACAUCAAGAUUCUCAGCAACUUCUCAUCAGUGCAUCUGUCCCACGUGGAGUUGAAGAACAUGGGUCAGCAGGCAAAAAAAAGCCGCUACCCCCUCCACUUUCACAUGUGUGGCGACGUUGACCAGAAGGGAGGCUACUUAGAGCCCACCUAUGUAGAUGGACUCUCCAUACACCACUCCUUCUCCCGCUGUCUUACUAUCCAUGCCACCAACGGCCUGCUGGUGAAGAACACUAUAGGCUAUGACACCUUGGGCCACUGUUUUUUCCUUGAGGAUGGGAUUGAGCAGCGCAACACUUUGUACCACAACCUUGGCCUGCUGACCCGUCCUGGGACUCUGUUACCCACUGAUCGCAAUGAGACCCUCUGCCUCAGCAUCAAGGACAAAGUCUACAAGGGCUACACUCCCUCACCCAGUACAGAAUGCAAGGCAGUCUCAACAUUCUGGAUCGCCAACCCCAACAACAACCUCAUCAGCAAUGCAGCUGCUGGUUCUCAGGAUGCUGGGAUAUGGUUUGUGUUCCACAGCUCUUCCACUGGUGACUCCCAUGGGCUGGUACCAGAGACCAAGGCAGAGCUCACUCCUUUGGGGAUUUUUUACAACAAUCGCGUACACUCCAACUUUAAGGCAGGGCUGUUCAUUGACAAAGGAGUGAAGACCACCAAUGCCAGUGCUGCUGACCCCCGGGAAUACCUGUGUCUGGAUAACAGUGCCAGAUUUCGCCCGCACCAAAAUGCUGACCCUGGUCGUCCUCGGGUGGCAGCAGUCAUCGACACUCUGAUCUCCUUCAAGAACAAUGACUUGGGAGCGUGGAUACGAGGUGGAGACAUUAUUAUCCAGAACUCUGGCUUUGCAGACAAUGGAGUGGGAUUGACCUUUGCCAGUGAUGGCAGCUACCCUAAAGACGAAGGCUCCAGCCAGGAGGUAACACAGUCCUUGUUUGUGGGUGAGAGCCGGAACAGAGGGACAAUUGGAGGACAGAAUAAAUACUCGGGAGUAGGAGGAAUCGAUGGAAAGAUGAGGACACUGCCUAGAAACAGGACUUUCCCAAUCCGAGGUUUUCAGAUCUACGAUGGCCCGGUGCGGCUUACGCAGAGUACAUUUCGUGGCUUCAUCCCAUUAAAACUCCCAAAAGAAUUAUUAUUCCGUUAUUCCAGUGCAGUGGGAUUCAACUUGAAGAACACCUGGCAGCUCACGCCUCGAAACAACCUGUCCCAGCUCAGCUUCCACUCCACGGUGGGUCUGCGGGCAUUCUUUGGACGCCCUGGAGAGUGGUUUGAAGAAAACGAUCUGGACGGUGACAAAAACUCCAUUUUUCACGAUGUGGACGGCUCAGUAACAGGCUACAGAGACACCUAUGUUGGCCGAGCAGACAACUACCUGAUCCAACAUCCUGGCUGUGUGAAAAUGCCGCAGUGGAAUGGAGUGAUAUGUAGCGGCCGCUACUCUCAGGUGUACAUCCAGACCCAAGGAGCCCGUAGCCUGAGUUUAUCCAUCAGCAGAGAUGAAUACCCUGAGGCUCCCCUGUUACUGAGGGGUGUUAACAGCCAGGGGGCGUCAUCCCAGCAGUACCAGCCCAUCCUGAUGAUGAGCAAGAGCUACACGCUGCAUUGGAGUGGGCCUGCGCCCAGAGAAACUGUCCUCUCUCUCAUCAACUUUGAUAAGGAUGACUGGGUGCUGGUGGGACUGUGUUAUCCAUCUGACACCACUUUUCAGAUUAUGUCCGACACAUACGACAGGCAAAGCAACGCAUUUAAUGACAUCAAAGACUACGGCACCGUACCAUCCCUCUCAGAGCUGCAGAAAAGACCAAUGGAAAGGAAGUACUUCUUUGACCAGUCUGCUGGCUUAUUGUGGCUCUACCUUCGGGCCCGGGAUGGUCGUGAUGGUCACAGCUACUGUUCAAAAAAAGGCUGUGAAAGAGUGAAAGUCACAGCUACUACAUCCUCCAAAGAGACCUGUAACUGUACAGCCAAAGCCUACCCCUUGUACGCCAAGGCUCCUUCAGCAGUGGUGCCUAUGCCAGCUCUAAACACACAGCCCUGCAGAGACUGCGGUGCUCAACAGCGUGUGUUUUCCAGCGAGCCGUGGACCUCCUACCUCCAGACACAAGUCAAGUCUCUCAGCGUCAAAGAGCAGCAGCAAGGAGAUAACAGCUCCUUUAUCACUGUGAAUGAGGUGACCAUGUCCUUCUCACGGCCGGGCUUUUUCCUUGUCUCAGUGGAUGCCUGCUCUGGAAAAGUCACCAAGAAAACCUCAUUUAGUAAGAUGGAUAGCAAGAUGGAGACGUAUCUAAAAACUGGCAUACCAAACAGGUCAAUAGUGCUUAUGGCAACACAGGGUCAGCCAGAGGGCCUGGUUGAUCUUUCACCGCAUCUGGUCUCUCUUGGUGUGGCCAAAGCUGCUGAUCUGCGUAGUAAAGAGAGUCUGGCAUUUUGGGGCUUCCAAGGUGAUUCCUUGCCUCCUUUUUGGGUUUCACUACUGGCUGGACAAGGUGAUGACUUUCUAGGGCUGCAGGAGCGCUACUUGCCCCUGGGCUUGGAGAUGUAUGGCUGUUUGCAACCUGCAACUCAACAACGUAAAGACCUGGAGCUUCUGAGAAAAGCCACGGGACAACAAUAACCAGUGUGAACUGUACACAUUACCUAGUUAAAAUGCUCUUGCACACAGAUACACAAACACACAGCCAUUUGUUGAAUGUGAACUGCUGAACCUUUAAUUUAUUAACGAUGACAAAGAUGUUUAUCGCUUUCAAGUGGAAAGAAAGUGUUUUAUUCUGAACGGGGUGAAUAUUUUUCUGAAUUUUUUUUUUUUGUGUGUGCGCGUGUGUGCGCGUGUGUGUGCGUGUGUGUGCGUGUGUGUGUGUGUGUGCGUGCACGUGUAUGUCAGUUUGCCUUUGGGCCACAAAGUCAAUGCACUUUCCUUUUUAUACACACAACCUGCCUUACCAGCCAGAGUGACCUAAUGGUGCGUUACAGUAACAUGGGAGUUUAUCUUGAACAGCAGAAGAAACACACCCAAAGUAAACCUGUAAGAUCUACCGCUCAGUCUUAUUUAUUGUGUAGUAAUUGAAUCUGAAAACAGAACCAUUAAAUGUAAGAAAUUAUUACAUACGCAGACCAGAAUUUUAAUUAUGAAAACAAAUUACCUCGAUUUGAUGUGAAAAUGAAAUUGGAUGGAUUUGCUGCGCUCAGAUUGAAAGGAAAAUAAUAAGUAAUAUAAUAAUAAUAAAAUGUCAUCUGAGAAGUGAAUGGGAACAUUAAGCCAAAAAUUGUUGUAAAUUUACAGCCGGUGGUUUAUUAUUAAUACUGCAAAUCUCCUUUAAAACUUAUUUGUAACAAGCCAUAUUCAUAUCGAAAUAGUCAUAUGCAUUCAUAAUAAUGUGUGUGAAAUUAAUCUGACUGUUUUUUGGCUUUUCUUGUAUACAAAAUGCUCUUAAAAACCAGUAACUUGUAUGCAGAUGAUUCCUUUUAUAUUUAACAUGUUACAGUUGAUUCUCUUUAACUGGAAAACCUCCUCUUAUCGUCGUGCAGCUCUACAUCUGAGAACUUUAAGCACCUUUUUUAUGGAUUCCUUUAUAGACUUUCUGGGGCUUUUUUUUUGUUUUGUUUUUUUUCCCACCUUCAUUUUUGUUUUUAUCUUUUCACAGCGAUGCUCUCUCAAAUGUGCAGCACAGAUACUUUUCCUUCUUUUUGUUUUCUCAAACAAAUGAAUGUUUUACCUUUCAUCUGCCUCAGUUGUGUGCAUUAUUGCCAAAACAGUAUGGUGACAUAAUUCCAGGAUGCCUUUUUUUUUUUUUUUUUUGGUUUAGUUUGUAUCUGGACUGUACAGUAUUGACAGCACGUAUACAGAUCAUAUACUAGCUGUAAAAGUAUACUGCUUUAUUUUGAGACUAUUCUAAUCUUUUCUGGGUGUAUUGAUGUGAGCAGGGCUCCCCCACUGAGUGACGAUAAGUAAUUGUGACUGUGUGAGUAAAUGUCUGAUCAUGUAGGAUGAAGGGAUGACCUUGCUGCCUUUUAACCACUCUGUUAAAAAGAGCAAAAGAAUGAGAAGUGGUUCAAUCCCUUGCCUUUUUGUUCAGUUGAAGAUUUGUUGAUGCACAAUUUUUUUUUUUAAAUUAGGAGUUUGUAAAUAAGAUGUUGAACUGUACGUGUAAUGGCAAGCAGACUACCAUUAAUGUGUGAAUUUGCUUUGUUUUUGUUACCAAUUGAUAAAUGAUUUUGAG